AUGGAGGACACUCCAGAACUUCUGCUUGCCCUAUUACGGGAUCUAGAUCAGCAGAUGGAUCACUGCUUUAUGGACAUAUCCGAUACUCUGAAGACGGCACUCGCGGGAGCGGCUAGUGGCGCAUAUAGUGGAGAGAGUUCCGGAGCUGCGGGGAAAGAAUUUUUACAGGAGGACUUCUCAAUAUUGCCUCACCAGCUACCGCUGACUUGUAGUCACAAUGAUGAUAUGGGUGACACAUCACCAAAUUGCUACAUUCAGCCGAGGGUUACUCAUAUAGCAGCCGCAACCAGAACCACAGUAGAUCCGGAACAGAUGCCACAAUAUGGGGAGUUAUGGCAUUUAUUAGACCCCAAACCGUUUCUUAUGACACCGGAGGGCCAGCGCUUUUUCCCUGCUUCUGUUAGCAAAGGGGUAUUGGACUAUCCCACUACUCUGCUCUCCACAGCUCCUGAAGGCUCAGAGGUGUCUGCAGUCCUUACUACUACUAACCCAGACAUGAUGGGGUCCCAGCGGAUCGGCACUAAGCCACAGACACUCUACAAUCCGGAACUACAGGCAACAGGUAGGAUCUACACUUCGAGCGGUCCUGCACUGCGAUGGACAAGAAUCCCGAGCCUUAGAAGUACUAUGUCAGUGUCGGGGGAGGUGGGAAACACGGAGCUGCAUACAAAUGUGGAUAUUCCUAAAGAAGCAGUAGCGAACAAACAGUGUUACAUACUCACCAUGUGCUCAGCUUCCCAGUACUGGAUGGAAUCCAGUACCCCAAACCUUUUAAGUCUUUGGAACCAGACAAGCAUCACAGAAUUUAGGAUGUUGGGUUUUCAGAUCUCAGAUGAUAUCAGAAUGUUAACUUUUUUCAUCUUUUUCACAAUUUACCUAUUUAUAGUAAUGGGAAACCUUUUGAUUAUUAUAUUGGUAUUAACAUGCAAUCAUCUGCACAGUCCUAUGUACAUAUUCCUCAGCAAUUUAUCCACAUCUGAGAUAUUUUUUACCACUUGUGUUGUACCCAACAUGCUUUAUGUCAUCUUUGAAGGUGGAGGAAUUAUGUCUGUUGCUGGCUGCUUAACUCAGUUCUAUGUAUUUGGAUCUCUGAUAUCAGUAGAGUGUUUCCUGCUUGCGGUAAUGUCUUAUGACCGAUAUUUGGCAAUUUGUUUUCCGUUGCGAUACCAUUCUCUUAUGGAUUCAAGGCUUUGCAUUCAGCUAGCAGUGCUGUCUUGGAUGCUUGGAUUUCUUCUGUCUGUAUUGACAAUAGUAUUUGUUAGCCACAUUUACUUUUGUGGCUCCAAUAUAAUUGAUCAUUUUCUUUGUGACUUUGCACCACUUUUAAAAUUGGCAUGUUCUGAUACCUCCAUUGUAGAAUUGCAAGUCUUUAUAUUUUCAUUUUCUAUAAUAAUAUUCCCCUUUAUUUUUAUUGUUUUAACUUACAUAAGUAUAAUGCACACUAUUCUUUUGAUUCCAUCAAUCACAGGGAGACAAAAAACAUUUUCUACUUGUAGCUCUCAUCUAACUAUUGUCUCAACAUACUAUGGAACACUAAUGUUCAUGUAUUCUGCACCAUCUAUCAGUGUGUUACAUGACACAAACAAAAUUCUGUCACUAUUGUACAUUUUAGUGACCCCUUUAUGUAACCCCAUUGUCUAUAGUCUUAGAAACCGUGACAUUAGGAAAAUCCUAGAAAGGACGUUUGGUCUAAAACAUGUAUGUCAAUAA